AUGGUAUCAAUUGUAAGAGAAUACAUCCUCUUCUCCCACGACAAAAAAGAGGGCAAUCCUGACAGGGGUCCUUCCUCGGAUUUUAGGCAAUUAUUGGACUCUUUUAAUCUAUCCCCGAUUGAUCCCGUGGGGCCUCCUCUCACCUGGAACAACAACGUAGCCCAUCCAAAGAAUAUCCAGGAGAGGUUGGACUGGGGGAUCAUUAACAACUCUUGGACAAGUCUUUUUCCUGGAACCGCUCUUAACCACUUAGGUUUCUUCGGGUCAGACCACAGAGCGUUGGAAUUAAUCACUUCCCCUUGCCCGGGAACGGGGCAAAGCUCCCAUAGCAAAAGGUUUCUUUUUGAGAAUGUGUGGCUCCAGGAUCCAAACUGGGAUAGAAUUUUGGAUCAGUCUUGGACUUCCCCCUCAACCGUCGAGGAAGCUAUACCUAAUCUUAUUGCCACCCAAUCUUUGUGUGCUCAAAAGCUCAACUCUUGGAACCAUAAAAAAACUUUCAAUUUCAAAAAUCAAAUCAGUAAGCUUGAGAAAGAGCUUGAAUUAGCCCGAUCCAACUCUAUUUGGGACAACCGCACUAUCGAGACCAUAAAGGAUCUCCAAUCCCGGCUCGAUGCGUUACUCUACAAAGAGGAAGCUUACUGGAAACAGCGUUCCCGUACUCAAUGGCUGGCUCAGGGAGACAAGAACACAAAGUUCUUCCACCGAUUUGCCUCUCAGAGGAAAAACACGAAUAAAAUUCACCAACUCCAUACGACAAAUGGUGGCAUGGUCUCUGAUGAGGAAGGAAUUAUUCGAGAAAUUGAGUCCCAUUUUGACCAGCUAUUUACCUCCUCCAGCCCCACCGUUUCUGAUAUGAAUACCGCUUUGGAAGGAAUUAGUCGCUCUCUCUCUGACUCUGACAAGUCCCUCUUGAGCGAGGGCUUUUCCCUGGACGAAAUAGAGAAAGCUUUCUUCCAACUUCCCCUUGACAAAGCCCCUGGCCCGGACGGUUUCAAUUCUCACUUCUACAAAGCCAACUGGCAUGUUGUCAGGAACGAUGUGCUUGAAGCGGCCUCCAGCUUUCUCAAUGGAAAUGCGAGUGUGGCCCCUCUGAAUAACACCCUCAUUACGCUUAUUCCCAAAGUCCACCAACCUAAAUGUAUCUCCGCGUUUCGGCCCAUUAGCCUCUGUAAUAUCAUUUAUAAGAUCAUCUCCAAGACCUUAGCUAACAGGCUGAAACUUGUUCUGAAUUCUCUCAUCUCACCUCACCAAAGCGCCUUCCUCCCGGGCCGUCUCAUUUCCGACAACAUUAUUAUAGCCCAGGAAGUCGCGCAUUCCAUCAAGCUCAAGACGCGAGGAAAAAAAGGUUGGAUGGCGAUCAAGCUUGACAUGGCUAAAGCUUUCGAUCGUGUGGAGUGGCCUUUCAUAAUAGCUAUCCUCAGGAAGUUCCAAUUCCCUCCGCGGUUUGUCCAUCUGAUUUCCACCUGUAUCUCCACAGCCUCCUUCCAAUUUAAUCUUAACGGUAAAGUCUCAGGCAGCGUUAACCCUUCCAGGGGUAUCCGCCAGGGCGACCCCCUAUCCCCUUAUCUCUUCCUGUUGUGUGCGGAGGGUUUCUCUUCCCUGCUGCAUCAACAGGAAAGAAGGAAAACUCUUCUUGGCUUUAAAGUUGCUAGAAGAGCCCCCGCUAUCUCCCACCUCCUUUUCGCAGACGACAGCUUCCUUUUUUGUCAAGCCAACAUUAGCUCUUGCAAUGUCAUCAAAGAGGUUCUCGAGGCUUAUGGGCGGGCCACGGGGCAACAAGUUAAUUUCCAAAAAUCCUCUUUGUAUUUCUCCCCUAAUGUUGAGCUUAGGGAUCGAACUUUGAUAUCCGAUUACAUGGGUAUCCCGGUUCGGUCUUCCUUUGAAAAAUACCUGGGCCUCCCACAACAUAUUGGGCGAUCGAAAAAACAACUGUUCCAUUAUCUGCAUGAAAAGGUCUGGGGUCAUCUCCAUAAUUGGAAGAAUAAAGUUUUUUCUAAAGGUGGAAAGGAAACCCUGCUUAAAUCUGUCAUCCAAGCCAUUCCCACCUACUCAAUGGCGUGCUUCCGCCUCCCGAUAGCCACCUGUCACUCUCUUGAAUCCGUUAUGGCCAAUUUCUGGUGGGGUGUUAACGAUAAUAACCGGCCCAAAACUCAUUGGCAAAGUUGGAAAAAACUCUGUCGAUCCAAAAAGGAAGGAGGCUUAGGCUUUCGCUCCCUGACCCAUUUCAACCAAGCCCUUCUCGCUAAGCAAGCCUGGAGAAUCCUCCAGCAGCCAAACUCAACGGUGUCAAAAAUUCUGUCUGCUAGAUAUUUUCCUCACUCAUCCUUUCUAGAUAGCUCGACUGAGCACUCUCCCUCCUUUGUAUGGCGCAGCAUUUGCUGGGGAAAAGAGUUGUUGCACAAAGGUUUAAUUUCCAAAAUUGGUAAUGGGCAGAACACUUCCACGACUCGCGAUCACUGGAUUCCGGGUCUCUGUCAGGUUCCCAUCCUUUCCCAUGUCCCUGACACAGUUGCCUCGUUCAUUUUGCCUUCCUCCUCUUGGGACUUAGUUAGCUUGCAAAGAUGCUUUCUGCCUCAUGUGGUUGAGCAGAUCCUCUCCAUUCCCCUCCCCCUCAGCCCUUGCCCCGAUGAGUUCAUUUGGGAACAUUCCCAAUCAGGCAUCUAUACUGCCAAAUCUGGUUACCAUAUCAGUUUUUCUUGCUCACCCUCUUCGGAUAUCCCCUCCUCCUCUAAACCCUCGCCUUGGUGGAAAAAUUUGUGGCAUCUUCCCCUCCCUGCCAAAGUAAAACAUUUUGCUUUCCGUGCCACAAACUCCACCCUCCCCACAGCCAAAAACCUAGCUCAUAGGAAAAUUAUCCCUUCCCCAGUUUGUGACCGUUGUGGAGGAAUGGAAGAGUCGGUUUCUCAUGCAUUGUUUUAUUGCCGGAGCGUUAGAAGAGUCUGGAAAGGUACGCAAUUUUAUCCUUACAUUUUUGCUAAUUCUCUAGAAAUAUUAUUUCAUGAUAUCGUUGAUAUGAUUUACUUUUCUCUGACCAAGAAAGAUGUAGAGAUUUUUCUUUGUACUGCUUGGCUUGUCUGGUAUAACAGGAACAAAGCUCUAAAGAAUCAAACCCACGACCCUGAUCAUGCGAUUUUCAGUUUGGCUCAAAGCUUCCUUGAAGACUAUCAUUCCUCCCAGCGGGCCCCUUCACCUUCUCGCCCCAGACAGACGUCAGGCCCUUCUUCGUGGACUCCUCCAGCUGCGGGUCUUCUCAAGCUAAAUGUGGAUGCAGCACUAUCUCAAGCCGCCCGAAAAGCGGGCUUCGGAGGUAUCAUCAGAAACAGCGAUGGUCUGGUAGUUGCCGCCAUUGCCCAGCCUCAUUCCGGGGGAGGCUCGGUCCCAACCUUGGAAGCAAAAUCUCUCCUUUCAGCGCUACAGUGGUGUAUCAACGAGCAUUUCUUAGUCCAAGAGGUGGAAACAGAUUGCAAAGCCAUAACUGAUGCUCUCUCUGGCCAUAAAGAAGAUAUGUCGGUUUUUGGUGACAUCAUUAAACAAAUCAAGAAUACUUUAUCUUAUUUCCCAGCUGCUCGGCUCUGCCACAUUAAUCGCGAUGCUAACAUCCUGGCCGAUAAGCUAGCUCACCGAGCUCUUGGGUUAGAUGAAGUAGCCAUUUGGAUUGGAGACGACCCCUUUUCAAUUUUGUUAAUGAACUUUACUGAAAGAGAUAUGGAAAACAAUGGAGAUCUCAUCAGCAUUGACGAAGAAGAGGUUGAAGUUUUAAGGCUUCCAACAAGCAGGGCAGAGGAGGUGGCGAUUGAUACUCGUUGGUGCUUGGUGGGGAAACUACUCACAGGGCGGGUCUCAGAUUUUAAUGUAUUUCAGAACAUGAUGGCGUUUCUUUGGCAGCCGGGGAUGGGAAUGUAUGUGAAGGAACUCAACCCGAACCUAUUCCUUUUUCAAUUUUACCACGAGAUCGACAUACAACGUGUUAUAGACGGGAGUCCUUGGACAUACGAUCGGAAACCAUUUAUUUUUACAAGACUCAAGGAGGGUGAUAAUCCACGUCUCGUUGAGAUCAACCAGAUGGAUAUGUGGGUUCAACUGCACAACUUGCAACCGGGUAACAUGACUCUGAGUGUAAUCACAGCGCUGGGGAAUUUCAUAGGCACUUUUAUUGAAUCGGAUCCCAACAACUUUGUAGGUGUUUGGCGUGACUUUCUUCGGAUUCGAGUCCGUAUUAAUGUUGACAAACCAAUAAAGCGUCGGAUGAAAGUAAGUUCAGAUAUCUCUUCUUGGUACUGGGCGAAUUUUAAAUACGAAAAACUACCAACCUUUUGCUUCAUAUGCGGCAUAAUCGGGCAUUCGGAGAGGUUUUGUCCCAGGCUUUUUUUGAAGCCUCUGCAUCUCCAACAGAAACCAUAUAACCUGGAACUGAGGGCUUCGUUACAGAGAAGACACUCAACAUUUGGAGCACAGUGGCUCCGUUCUGGAGUGGUGGUGCGGGAAGAACCGAGACAGACCUUCACCGGCGGCAGUUCUGAACAGGGGAUCAAUUUGAUCCCUAUUUCUUCGGAGCAUUCAGGGGGAUUGGAAAGGAGAAUCAAUGGAAUUGAUAUCAAUCAUAUUGAUGUGCACAAUGAGAGGCGUGCUGGCAGGGAGGAUUUUAGGGAAGUUAAUGAAGAAGAUAUGACUCUGCAUGUAAACAAUAAUGGAAACUUUUUUGACUCAACAAUUACUACAAUUAUUGACUCAAAAAGGAGAAGACCAGAUUCUAGUGGGGGUAGCAUUGUGGGCCCACGGAAUAAAGAAGAUUCAAGAAUAGUAGAUGAAAUGGAUCAAGAUAUGGUGGGCUUCCUAAAAAAUGGGCCUUUGGCGGGUUCUGGUUUCCAGACCCGCCCAGAGUUAUGA